CCCCUGUGUCAGUCCCUCUGCUUCUCUGUCUCCUCACACCACUCCUCUUCUCUUCCUCCUCCUCCUUCCAUGUCCUUACACUUUACAGAACAGAAUCCAAGUUAAUCUAUAUAUCCAUCAAAGAUGAGCUCGAAUUCCACAAAUCCUCCAAUCUCUAACCCCUCACAAUGCCUGAACAGCCAUGAAUCCUCAGCACCCUGAAUCUCUGGCCGUCUCAGCCUCAAUUGAUAAUGGCUUUUUGAGGGGGCAUCUCAGGGCAGCAGGCUCGGGAAAUGGCGGCAACGAUAUGAAGUAAACUGUUAAUCGGGUCUUCAAUUGUCCUGUAACUGUUGUUGGAGUUGUGUGUAUGUGUGGGUGUUUGAUUCCCGCGUGUUUAGAUCUGUCAAUUGGCGGGAUUUUACAGUUGGUAUGAGCUGCGGCGGCAUUUCCGGCGGUGUGAUGUAGAUUCUUGUCUGUUUCAUUACUGGGGUCAGUGAUUUUAGGCUGAAAGAUCCGAUCUUUCAAUGUGAAAUAAGCUCUGCCAUUGCUAAGAACAACGGGGGGGGGGGGAUAAGUAAGAUGUCUUCUUUGAGGAGCAUAAUUCAGGACGUGAAGGGCGAGCUCGGUAGCAUAUCCAGGAAGGGGUUCGGGUUGCGGUCGCGGUCGCACCGGGUUGUCCAGGACGCCUCGGUGGCAAUCGAUGUAUUGAAGCAGAGCUGUUGGGCUAACAUGCCUCCCGAGCUCCUGAGGGAGGUGCUCAUGAGGAUAGAGGCUUCCGAGGAAACCUGGCCUCCUCGGAAGAACGUCAUUGUCUGUGCCGGUGUAUGCCGGAGCUGGCGGCAGAUCAUGAAGGAGAUCGUCAAGACCCCGGAGAUCUCUGCCAAGUUAACAUUUCCGAUUUCGCUUAAGCAGCCUGGUCCAAGGGAUUCCCUUGUUCAGUGCUAUAUAAAACGGAGCCCGAGCAAGCAGACUUACUAUCUAUACCUUAGCAAUCAAGCUUCAAAUGUUGAUGGGAAGUUUCUUCUUGCUGCUCGGAAGUGCCGGCGCCCUAUUUGUACCGACUAUAUAAUUACUUUAAACUCGGAUGAUAUUGCAAAAGGGAGUAACACAUAUGUUGGCAAGUUGAGGUCAAACUUUCUUGGAACAAAGUUCACAGUCUAUGAUGCACAACCUCCGAUAUCUGGCCCAAGAAUUUGUAAGAGUCGGUCCAUCAGGUUAAUUAAUUUAAAACAGGUCUCCCCAAAAGUACCUGUUGGAAAUUACCCUGUUGCACACAUUUCAUACGAGUUGAAUGGCUUGGGUUCCAGGGGCCCAAGAAGAAUGCAGUGUGUUAUGGAUACGAUCCCAGUUUCUUCUAUUGAACCAGGUGGGGUGGCUCCCACACAGACGGAGUUUGUAAUUGGCAGUCCAGAGACAUUUCCUUCUAUUUCCUUCUUCAGAUCGAAGUCAACCCGCAUGGAGAAUUUCCAGUCUGCACCAUUGACUGAACCGAAGGAUGGAAUGCUUGUGUUGAGGAAUAAGUCUCCCAGAUGGCAUGAGCAACUUCAAUGCUGGUGUCUAAAUUUCCAUGGACGGGUAACAGUUGCCUCAGUUAAAAACUUCCAACUUGUGGCUAACCCUGAGCACGAGAAUGUUAUUCUCCAAUUUGGGAAAGUUGAUAAAGACCUUUUCACCAUGGAUUAUCGGUAUCCAAUCUCAGCCUUCCAAGCAUUUGCAAUAUGUCUCAGCAGCUUUGACACUAAGAUUGCCUGUGAAUGAUUGUGACCAGGCUUAAAAGGUGCGCGAGAUGUCCAAGAGAGAAUCCUUGAAUCCUUGUUUACAAGCAUCUGCGCAAGAAAGUUUGAACGAUAUACCGGAUUUCUUUCACUAGAGUAGGUCAUUGCUCCUUUUUUUUUUUUUUCGUGUGUGUGUAAAUAAGUGGGUGCAUUCGCGAGAAAUGUGUGUGCUGGUUUGCAUGUGCUUUUGCUAACAUAGCUGGUUGCUGAGUUUCGAGUGAAAAGAGUGAUUGCAUAUCUGAGUUUGCUCUAUAGCUUCAUUAAGCCGGGGGCUCUUGCUUGUUUUGCUUCGGCGAAUCUAAUCAUAUAAUCUGAAUUGUAUUGGUUGAGUUUGUUGCAGCUA